AUGGAUUUUUAUGACUUACCUUUUGUAAAACGGACCGCAUCAAAUGCAUUUAUUUAUCGAUUUGUGGCCCCGUUGAAAUCGAAUUCUGUAAGCUUUUUUACAACUAAAGCAACAACUCACGAACGCAGAAACAUUAAAUUUUUUUCUUUUAGCCACUGGUAUCAGUAACACGCUUUUCCAAGUAUUCGGACAUCAACAAUGUCUGGCUGGGAGUAGGUACGGAGUUUGGAGAGAUCGCGUUUUAUCCAGCUGAUGAAUUCUUGAACUAUUUUGAUUACCUCCCACGAGUCAAGCUGACCGAGCAUGCCAUCACCGAUCUAUACUUUAUGAACAAUCAUGAAACCGUGAUUGCUUUGAGUAUGCUUGGGGACGUUUUUGUUGUGAAUAUGUCAAGAGGAGCCAUCGAGAAAAAGAUCUCAUCUGAAGAUGGGAAUCACACUGCAUUCGCCGGACAAUCCAAUGAUCCUUGUAAGCGAAAAGUUUUGGUUUUAUUGGUUUUUAGAUUGUUAUGUUAUCGCUGAGAAGAAUACUGGCGGUCUGAAAUACAUGGAUAUGAGGAAGCCAAAUAAUAUGGCCGUUGCUUCGGCUCAGCCGAGAUCUGUGCUGACCCCUCGAAGGGGUAAUUUAGCUACUCCAAAGCGAGGACAGGCCAAGUCCCCUAGAAGACCGGGAACUCCUACUACGCCAACUUCCAAAUUCCGAGGACAGUAUAAUCAAGUGAUCGCGGCGGCGACCUGUAUUAAACAUGUCGAUGACAGAAUUUUUGCUGUGGGUUAUACAAAGGCUGAAAAGUAGGUGAAAAGUGGCUUUUUAUGAGGGUGUUUUAGAGGAAUUCAGCUUUGGGACCUCCGGUAUGUAAAGACAGACGCUCCUUGUUGUACAUUCCAGGUUCCUCCUAAAUAUCGAUCAAAUUUUGGUAAGGAUACUGUAUAUUUUCAAUUCAACUCUAGGGGUGGCGUCAUUAAAUCUGAAGUCGGAUCAUUCCACGCUUUUGGCUUUAUGCACUGAUGGAGACGUCCGGAAAUACGACAUCUCCAUGGGCCUUUGUUCUAGCAAUGGCAAGAUGGUGAAUGAACCUCUGAGAACUUACAGUGGGGCCAUCCGAGGGGAUUUUCAAGUUGAAUUCGGGGUAUCACCUAUAAGCGAUCAUAUGAUUUGUGGAACUGAUGAAGGGGCCGGGAUCUGGGAUAUGGUAUGUAUUCUGUCGUCAUUAUGACAUUUAUUGAUAUUACUUUCAACUCACUUUUUUAGGGAGAACGAUCGCGAAGUUUUCCAAAAUUUGGGCUUAAAUAUGUUUCUAGUCAAGUAAGCUGCUAGUUAUUUUUAUGUGAAAUUGAGUUUUAGAUGGCUUCUUGUGAUUGGAGUGAAAAUGGGCGCUAUAUCGUUGGAAUGACAAAUUCCGCCAUCGACUCCAUGUUUGUAUUAUACGACAAUGACUCCAAAGAAUCCGAAUCCAUUCAGACUGGUAUCCCGCAAAACUUUUCGAAUCCCUAUUUGUUGACAUAAAUUUAUAUUCAUUACUACUUCUUCUUGUUUUCUGGCAUGUUGAUGUCAUUUAAUACAUUAAUUGAAGAAUGUUUUAUUCGUAUUUGGUAGAGAGUAUUUUGAUGUCCGGUAUACGGAAUCUAGGGUCUCCCGAAGGCUUUAAUUACAAUUUUGACAAGGAUGACACGGUUAAAAAGUACUACGAAAGGACUGAUAAAGCGACCCGAAUGACAGCCAAAAGGCAGGCGAAACAGAAUUCUGAAGUCAUUUAUUUGGAGGAAUAUUCGAAGAAGAACAACAAUCGGAGAUCGGGUCAGCAAAGUAUGGACGAUUUCUUAACAAAUCCGAAGAGAAAAAAGGAAUCCCCAAAGAAAUUACCGGCUACGGAUGGGUUUGUUAUGGCCAGUGGGGCAUCGCAGAUUGUAAGAGAAGUGAAGAGAGUGGUCUCCACUGAAACUGCAGUCAUCAAACCUAUCAGAAGAGAACUAGAACGGAGCGAUUACGUUAACUGCUACCAGAAUAAAGGUAGGUUACUUUUAAUAAGAAACAUAAGUAGAUAUUCCUGCAGAAAAGCGUCAAAAAGUUGGUGAUGACAAUCCCGAUUCCCAAUCGGAACUCCAAGCGGCAAUUUUGAGUACAAUCGUGGACACAACUGGGGUCACUUUGAACGAUAUUGUUGGGAAUGAGGAUGCAAAGAGAGCUCUAGAAGAAAGCGUUAUCCUGCCCACCUUGAACCCUCUUUUAUUCACAGGAUUGAGGGAGCCGUGCAAAGGAAUUCUUCUGUUUGGACCACCAGGAAAUGGAAAAACAAUGCUUGUACGUUACAAAGAAAUUGAAUUUUAUCAAAUAAUAGGCAAAAGCGGUGGCCUCAGAGUCCAAAUGUACCUUCUUCAACAUCUCGGCCGCCACAAUUAUGUCCAAAUGGGUUGGCGAGGGCGAGAGGUUGAUGCAGACCUUGUUUAAUGUUGCCAGAGCCAAUCAACCAUCCAUUAUUUUCAUCGACGAAGUUGAUUCGUUGUUAUGUCAAAGAACAGAAAAGGAGGAUGGGGUCACAAGAAGGGUCAAGACCGAGUUCCUCCUUCAAUUCGAUGGAUGUACGAGCAGUUCUAGCGAAAGAAUCUUGGUCCUUGGAGCCACAAACAGGCCUCAAGAAUUGGAUGAUGGUGUUCUUCGUCGAUUUCCAAGGAGAAUAUACAUCGACUUACCCGGUCAAGAAGCGAGGGCAAACCUGAUUUUGGACAUUUUCACUAAAACCAAGACACAAUUUGCGUUGGAUGAGGACGAAAUAAGGUAAGGGUUUCGAUUAAAAAUUUAAUGUAUUAGGGAAAUUUCCAACCUGUGUGAUGGUUACUCCUUCUCGGAUCUGACAGCUUUAUGUAAAGAAGCGGCUAUGGCUCCACUGCGAUCAUUGAGCCGAGAACAAUUGAAAAAUUAUACCGGAUCUCAGUUACCGCCAGUUAGUUUCGAAGAUCUCAAGUCCGCCAUAACUGUCAUUAAAGCAUCUACCAACCCUCAAAACACAUUGAGAAUGAAAGAAUUCGCAACAAAGUUCGGCCAAGCAGCAAUCUAG